AUGGAGGCCCCGAAUCCAAAUCCCGACCCAGCCGCCGCGCGCUCUGACGCCGGCGAAGAGCUGCCGCGGACGCGCGUGGCCGGGACGCUGCGGCUCGGCGGCGCCUCCGGCCACCUUCCGCCGGUGAGGGCCGGCCACCGCCAGCCGCUCGCCGGCCACGUCGACCCGGCCUACCACGCGGCCGCGGGCUUCGGCUCCGACUACCCGCUCCUCCCGCCGCCGCUGUACGGCCAGACCCGGCUCAACUACCACGUCCCGCCACCGUCCGCCUACCUCGACCCGGCCAACCCCGCGGCCGCGGGCUUCGACAGCAACCACCCGCUCCUCCCGCCGCCGCUUCACGCCCAGAACCGACGCACCUACUACGUCUCGCCGCCGUCCGCCUACCUCGACCCGGACAACUCCGCCGCCUCUACAUGCCGCGGUCCGCCUUCCUCGACCCCGCCUCCAUCCCCGCGGCCUCCGACAUCUACAGAUCCUUUCUCUCGUCGCCGCCACACGCCCACCACAACAGCGCCUUCCACGUUCCACCCGCUCUCCGGCUACGCCGACCCGGCCAACUGCUCGGACGACCACAACGGCUUCCUCCCGCCGCUCUCCGUUGACUCCUACCCCUCAGACGUCUACAACCUCAUCCAGAUGCAGCCGCGCGGCAACCACCUCCGCUCCCUCCCGCCGCACGGAGAGCAUCUCGGCGCCGAGCACCACGCCAAUGCCUUCGCCGCUGGCUCCGGUUACCAGCCCGUCGUCUCGGCGCGCGCCAAGUACGACAACGUCCUCCCGCCUUACCCAGGCAUUCCCAGUUCAGGCAUCGGCGGAGACGGAUUCGAGCCGGACGCAGCAGGUCAACACUUCUACAUCGACAUGGCGAGGCGCAGGGAGACCCCGCCGUGGAUGCAGCAGCCACACGCGACGUCGACCUCGCCCCUGACCCUGUCAUUCGGGUCGAUGCUCAGCGCCAAAGCCGACGAGUUCGUUCCUGGGAAGGCGUCGUCGACCCCCCAAGGCGCCUUGGAUCUGCAGGAGGUGCGUUCCCGCUUUCUCAGCGGCGGCGGGAUUGAUGCUCUGUCAACCAAGGAGGGAAUGAAGGGUCUCCGUCUACUACUGCGUGACUGCAAGCAGAAUUACGCAGCGCUGGCCACCAUUGUGGAUGCUGCCGUGGAGGCCAAUGUGAUGUCAGCUGCGUAUAGCCGAAACAUUAUGAAGCUGCUGCUCGCUGCGGUCACAGACCACCCAGCUCUGCUGAAGAUGCUACUCGAGUACCUUGUUCGCUCCGAGCUGGUGCACAGAGCCCAAGGGGUGGAACUACUUCACUACUGCUUUACGUUCAUGGACUACAACCAUUCCAAGAUUUUGAUCCAGCACGGAGUCGACUCUUUGAGAACAAAGACACACCACACACGUCGUAUGUCUGAUUACUACAUUGAGUGCUUCGGGUGUGCCCAGGGCAGUGAGCUAUUAGUCUUUGAGGAGGUUGUGAUUGAGCGCGCCGUGGAUCUAGCACUUGGACAGUAUAGCAACUAUGCCAUUCAACACGUCCUCAAACACUGCGAGUAUGCGACGAAAUUGCGAAUUGUGGAGCAGUUGAUGCCAGAAGUACUCAUGCUGUGUCUAGAUGAACACGGAGGGUAUGUGGUGCAGUCGUGCUUCAAGCAGGCUGACAAUGCACCCUUCGAUGUUGAUAUGUUGGUAAUUGUGCUGGAUACUAUGCUUGGCCUUGGUAUGGAGGAGCUAACCCAAAUGGUAACAGGCGACCAUUCUCACUGGGUCGUCCUCGAACUGCUGGGUGAAAAGAGCCAAAUUCUGAUGAAGGAAAGAGUGCGCUUACUGGCUUUGAUGAUCAGUCGACUUUCAGAGACCGUCCUGCAGCAACCGAAUGCGAGGCGCGUCAUGGCUCGACUUCCUGCGACGUCCUGAAGCAAUAGGAACUGGCGAAAUCUAGUCUCCGUUCGUUCGUGUACCUGAUGCGUUCUCACCGGAAUUUCAUGAUGCUGUAGCCUUUGCACUACCGUGUUUUGUCGACUAGAUGAUACUCCCUGACAGUACUAUCGUCCCUGUCAUGAAUAGUGCUUGGCAUACAUGAUCAUGAUAUAUGCAACAACAAAUAGUAGUAGAAGUCUUCUUCUGAUGCAGCAACAGUGCCUGGCCAGCCCACCUUUUUGGUACACAAAUGUGAGACUGAUCCUGUGCCCUUAUCCUUGCAAUGAUGCACUUUUCAUGCACACAGGAUCAACCAUAUUUGUGUACAGUACGUGGGAUGGUACAAAAAUUCAAACUACUCUACAUGGUUUGAUAUGGCUACAGUUAUGUCCCUAUGAUUAUUUUCCCUGCUCUACAGUUGUGUCUACAGAAAUCCAAACUCCACAAAUGUGUGACUUGUCAGACUGAUCAGUCGUCUGGAAAUUCCAUGAAACUGCUCUGCCUCUUGAAUAAACUCUGCUGUACAGCUUGUGCGCAUGUGUGCUCAACAUCGUUUUGUUUGUCCCUUGAUUGUCCAACAGUGCAACUGCGAUGCAGCAGUCCAUGGCGGCCAGGCAGCUGCUUGCGCAGAGUCCUGUGGCAGUGGCAGCUGAGCCAAUGGCGCUUGGAGGCGAGCAAGAAGACAAGCUGUUGCUGUGCGGCG